AUGCGUUUGUUAAUUUUUCUACCCUCAAGAUGGCAGGGGAACUUUUGGCAGAGUUCACAUUAUCUGCAGUGGGUUCUGGACAAACAGGAUCUGAUGAAGGAGAGACAGAAAGAUCUCAAGUUCCUCACAGAGGAGGAGUACUGGAAACUGCAGAUAUUUUUUGCCAAUGUGAUUCAAGCCUUGGGCGAACACUUGAAACUCAGACAGCAGGUCAUCGCCACGGCAACUGUCUACUUUAAGCGUUUCUAUGCCAGGUACUCUCUGAAGAGCAUAGACCCUGUGUUAAUGGCCCCAACAUGUGUGUUUCUGGCCUCUAAAGUAGAGGAAUUUGGUGUCGUUUCGAACACUCGGCUUAUUUCAGCAGCAACGUCUGUGUUGAAAACAAGAUUCUCUUAUGCCUUCCCAAAGGAGUUUCCCUUCAGAAUGAACCACAUCCUGGAGUGUGAAUUCUACUUACUGGAGCUCAUGGACUGCUGUCUGAUUGUGUAUCACCCGUACAGGCCGUUAUUACAGUAUGUACAGGACAUGGGGCAGGAGGACAUGCUGCUGCCGCUGGCUUGGAGAAUAGUGAACGACACCUACAGAACAGACCUGUGUCUGCUUUAUCCUCCAUUUAUGAUUGCACUGGCCUGCCUGCAUGUGGCAUGUGUGGUUCAGCAGAAAGACGCCAGACAGUGGUUUGCUGAGCUCUCUGUGGACAUGGAGAAGAUCCUGGAGAUCAUCAGGGUGAUCCUGAAGCUCUAUGACCAGUGGAAGAACUUUGACGAUAGGAAGGAAAUCGCCGCUGUGCUCAACAAGGUGCCCAAACCCAAACCUCCUCCUAACAGCGAGACCGACCAGAGCUCAAACGGCAGUCAAAACAGCUCGUACAGUCAGUCCUAGAGCGUCAUCUGCUGGUGAACAUGAGGCAGAGCGAUCCACAGAGGCAAAAACGGCACAUCCUGGCACAUUUGAACGCUGCUUUUCACAAGCACAUUGUUUUCUGACCGUGAGAAAACUGAUUCCUGGCACACACACACACACACACAGAGAUCUUCUCUUUUCUCUCCUCUGGACUCUUCCAACCAAUCAAAGCAGACUCCACCUCCUUCCUUCUUUCCUUCCUUCCACAAAUCAGAGCAGUUGGAAUGAUGCCACUUACUACUUUCCACCAAUCAGAGCAGACAAAAUGACUAUACCUACGUCCUUCCACCAAUCAGAGCAGGAGGGGAGCGAACUGCUCACCAAUAAGAAAUCUGCUUUGAUUUAGAGUUGCCAAGCUUAAGGCUGUAGUGCUGAAUGUUAUGGACACACACACAACAUAAAAGUAUAAGUUCGAUGGUCUUGACUUCCUUGAAAAGUCUCAUGAAGCAAUGUGGAGGUUCUUUUGGGAACAAAGAAGACUUGAUUUUCUGUAUAUGAGAGUGAAGAAGAGAGAGUGUGUGUGUGUUGUUGAAUUAAUAUUGUAUGCGUGCCUCUCGUCGACCAUAUCACAGUUUUGUAUUCCUCAGGGAAACGGAUCAGUCCUCUCUACAAAGUGGCUGGUUGUAAACUGAUUGGCCACAGGGCUAUGUGACGUGAUCUUUUUCAAACCCUCGUACUGUGUAAAUCAACUCCUGAUUGGAUGCUUGAACGUUUUUUUGUUGACGUGAGUGGAUGUGAGUUCGCCACUGUGAGAUUUAGUGAUAUGGAUAGUUUGAUUUGAUCACAAAAAUGCUCCCUAAUCGCAUUGUAAAUAUGCUUUCCUUCUAUACCCCUUUUAUUCUAUAGUUAUACUGUAUGUUGUGUAGUGUUGCUUUCGUUUUGUUAUUUUAAUUUGAUGUAUUAACAGCGCACAAAGUGAUCGUUCCCCAAAAUAUUUACAUUUGCUCAUCAUCUACUCAACUUCAGGUGGAUGAGUUUUUUUCCUGCACUCAAAAAAUUGCUGUUUGUUCAAACUACUUAUUAAAAAUGAGCUGAAUCAACACAAUUAUUGUUUUGUUUUUGGACAACUUAACUGUUUUAAGUUUAAUCCACUUAAAUUUGUAACAACUAUUAAGUUAUAGUGUAAAACAAUUAAGUUGUCCCCUUCCCACCAAAGAAAAAAAUCAAGAAUUGUGUUGUUUCAGCUCAAUUUAAAUAAGUAGUUUGAACAAACUACGGAUUUACGGAUUUAUUUUUUACGGAUCAUAUUUACAGAUAUAUUUAAUCAUUUUUAAAACCGUUGACCAAACAUUUUAUAGUGUACAUGGUGAAAAUAUCAGAUUCAGAAUGAGCUUCAUUCGCCA